UUCAGUGGUUGGUCGAGGUAGAACGAGGAAACGCCAGUGUUAUAUGUAAACUACUAAAAUGUUUUAUGUUUUAGAAAAAAAGACGUGUUUUUUUGGUAUGAAGAAUCUGCACAAAGAAAGGAAAACUUUUUAAACGUCUAUGUGCAUUUUCUCAAAUGUUAUCCUCGUGCGACUUUCCAGCGCGGGGUCAUGUCAAAAAUGGGUAUCUGAAACAAAUUCCACGGGGGAUGGGACCUACACUUUUAUAAAAUGUUUAAAUGGUAAAAAAAAAAAUAAUAAUAAUAAAAUAACGCGAAGAAACGCAAAAGGGCAGGGUUCGAGUGGGUAAAAAAAAAGAAGCUCCGUUGUCACGUAAAAAAAAAAGUAAAUUCCAUAAAACACAAUUUUCUGUAUUACUGAAAAUAUAUUUUUUUUACGAUGACCAUACAAUAAAACGGAUAUUUUGGAGCCACUUUGUAAAUGGUGUUUUUUUUUUUGUUUUGUUUGUUUGUUUUUCCCCCCCCAAGGACUUCAUUUUUAUUUUCUAUUUUUCUCGCGUUGAUUAUUAUAGCCUGGUGUUGUGUGAAGAAAAAAAGCCGAUUUCCUGGAGUGCAGGGGAGACCAGGCCAGAGCAGCUGAUUGCAGAGGCCUUUCCCUUUCCCCUCUUUGUGUGUGUUUUUAUAUAUAGUUUUUAUACUUAUAUGCGGAAAAUAGUAAUCAUAAUUAAAGUGCAGGACCAAAGAAGAAAGAAUGUUUGCUUUUGUGAGGUUUCUGGAAGACGAUGUUUGCUACGCGCUUCCAGUUUCCAAUGUAAAGGAUUUUAGACCUCUGCACAAGACGGAUUUCGAUAAUCAAAAGGUGUAUUUGGUUAACAGAACAGAAGAGAAUGGCACAGGCCAGCCUGGAAAUGCACAAAUACUGGCGCUUGCAGAAAACAUACAAGAGUUUGAACACAGCAUUUUGCAGAAGAAGAUGAAGAUUCCCAAACUCUCCACAAAAGAUGUUGAAAAAUCACAGCAGAAUCACUUUGGGGAGGAACCAAUGCCACUCAGACACAAAAAGGCACAAGAGCACAGUCACUCCUCGAGUGCAAACUCUUCAAAGAGCCUGGCGGCUGUGGUUGCCCGGCUGGAGCGCAAUGCUGUGAACUCGUACGCGGAGGAGGAGGAGGAGGAGGAGGAGGAGGAGGAGGAGGAGGAGGAGGAGGAGGAGGAUGAUGCAGAUGAGGAGGACAAUGAGGAGGACAGUGUGGUGGAGGACUCGGGCACAGGGGAGGCCAUGGUGCCACGCUACCUCUAUGAGGAGCUGGUGCACAACUACAGGCAACAGGAGGAAGAGAUGCGGCGCCUCCAGCAGGAACUGGAGCGUACGCGCAGGCAGCUGGUACAGCAGGCCAAGAAGCUCAAAGAGUAUGGCAGCCUGAUGGCCGAAGUGAAGGAGCUGAGAGACUUCAACCGGAGGCUGCAGGACGUCCUGCUCCUGAGGCUCGGCAGUGAGCCAAUGCAUGACAACGGCACUCAGACAAUCAAAGUUGAUCCGGUGGAGCCAAUUAUGGAGCCACGGGAGGUCUGUCGGGAAGAGGCCAACGCCAGCUCGAGCUCCAGCCACUCUCCGUCCCCCAGAAACGUAUACACUUUCAACGAUGGGAAGGUACACUUGGGUGGUGGGAUUUGGGUGGAUGAGGAGAAGUGGCACCAGUUGCAGCGCACACAAGGAGACUCUAAGUUCACCAAAAACCUGGCAGUGAUGAUCUGGGGCACAGAGACCCUGAAGAACAGGAGCGUAACUGGGGUAGCCACCAAGAAAAAGAAAGACGCCUUGCCGAAGCCCCCGCUCUCGCCAAGUAAACUCAAAAUCGUGAGAGAGUGUCUGUACGACAGAGUAUCUCAAGAAACAGCGGACAGUGCCGAGAUUACACAGAGACUGUCCAAAGUGAACAAAUACAUCUGUGAAAAGAUCAUGGAUAUCAACAAAUCAAUCAAGAAUGAGGAGAGGCGGGAAUCCAAGUUGCUUAUUAGACAGACAGUCAAGAUGGAGAAUUUCACCUACGAUGGCAUAUAGUAUUAAAAGUUGUCACCAUAGCUCAUUUCUUUCCUCAUGGAUUGCUUAAAAGAACGACACUGGAUGACGCCCUCUCUUUUGAAGCUGCCCAAAAGUGACAGAAGAAAGUAUGUCCUCCACGCUCAUCCUUUCAGGCCUGCCAUAAGAAAUACAACGAGGUAUGGUGACAACUUUUAACAAGACAUGCCAUCAGAAUUUCUUAAAGCGCUUUUUCAAGGGUUGGCUGGCUGUCUACAGCAAAUGCUGCAGAAUGAUACCUGAACUGUGACCGCAUUUCCUUUUUUUUUUUUUUUUUUUUUUCUUUUUUUUAAACUGUGAUCAUCCUGAGGGUUUGGUGAAAGCUAAAAAGUAGGAAAGUUUGAUUUCCUCUAUGCUCUUAAUGGAUCCUUCUCACUUAGUAAGCUUUUUUUUUGUGGGGGUGGGGGGGGGUAUUGUAAAUAUUUUUAUAUUUUAAGUAUCUUUUUAUAGGCGUUACAGAAGUUUUAGUCCCAUGUUAUACCCCUCUUUCCUCUCUCUGUUUAAGAAAACAGACUGGUCGGUACCGUUAGAAUUUUCUUUUUGCCAGGCUGCAUAGAGUUUUUUGUCGCUGUUUGUGUGAGCUGUGCAUUUUCACUUAGCAAAAAAGAAGUUCACUGAUCAUCAAGAAAGGUUACAAAGUUAAAUGAUGGUUAACACUUUAAAAACCACGCUUGUCAACUGCAUUCUGUCUUUGUCAAUAAUCACUGCCAAAUCCAUUGUUUACGGUACACAGCCGUCAAAAAAGCCCCUCUGAGCACAAUCAAAGAAGAGUUCCCAUUGUAAACCUAUAUCUAGAAAUACCAAAAUAGCAACCCAACUAGAUGCUGCCUGGAUAGGCUAUACACUGAAAAACAUUUUUGGAAAAUUCUAACCAUAAAUGCACACCACUGUUGUAGUCUAUGAAAGAUUAAUUUAUGGGUAAGUCCAUUAAUGAUAUUUUUAUAAUUUCAGUGUAAAACACUGAAACUUUAGAAUCAGUUAUUGUUCUGUAUUUUACUAUUGAAAAGGUUAAACACCUUUUUAAAUUUUUACUGUUACCCAGCAUCGAAACAGAGACUCCCUGGCUAUAACUGGGAAAUGUUCUCUGGUAAAUAGGGGGUUUUAUUGCCGUUAUUUAAUUUUCAUGAUAUUUCCUCUGCAUACUCUAAAUGUUGUCAGAAUGCCGUAAUUUAGAUGUGGCCGCACUUGAGAAAAAAUGAUAACCAAACACCUCAAGAACAGACCUUUUCCCGUGACUUAAACGUAUAGGUUUACUGGCUGACCUUUCCUUGUUUUCAAAAUCAUUUGAGAAAUUAUAAAUAAACAUGAUUGAUUAUCCAAAAAAGAAAAUCCUCUUUGCAAGAAUAAUAUAGGAGUGUGAAGCUCUGAUGUUAUAAAUCUAGGCCCUGUAUUCAGGGACACCUUUAAUAAUAAACUUUCAAGCGUGCAGUUGCCACAGUGGGUUGAAGUAAGUGCAUACUCUUGCUUUUCAUACUGGGCAGCUUUUGGGUUCCAAAGGUGAAAAUCUUGUGCAGUCAGCUUUAUAUGGGACAGCUCUAUAGUCCCUAGAGAGGUACUAUAAAUCAUGUCUAUUUGUCUCUCCAGAUCCCAAAAACAUGGUUAAGUAAGGCAGCUGUGGAGGGUGGUAGUUGACCCUAAUGUUUUAUGUGUUUCAGUGUUGUCCAUUGGUAUGGUUUCAAGGACAACGUCAUGAACCAAUAUUUUAUAAGAAGGUUUUAACCCCUGUCAGAUCUCUUCCGUCUGUAGUUGCCAACUUUACUGACCAGUAGUUCUGUAGCAGGAGAAGUUAGGUGCUUUUAUCAAUGGUAUUAGUCCAUUAAAAGGGGUAUAGCUUCAAAUACAACAAAACCAAUAAAGUGAAUGACUAGAGCUUGCUAAGAGAAUCCUUGUUUUGGCCACUGUUCUUCCUGUUUCUUGAUUCCAGACAGUGGCCCCAUCUGCUUCUACCACAGAGAAGAUGAAUAACCAGUGGCUUUUUAUGGAUUUGGGAAAUAUAGGCAGUGGCCAAACCACAAGGUUUUGCCUAGGAAGUACGUAGAUCUUAAAGUAAAAUCAACCAAACUCAAAACAAACAAAUGGAAAAUGGAAUGUGUUUGUCUUGUGUUUGCUUGUUGGUGGUUGAUCUUGUUUUUGGACAUGAAUACUGUUUUGCUUCAUUCACUUAUAUUGGCCAGAUUGAGGAGUAGAGUCAGUGCUGGUCAGUUUUUAGGCAAGCAUAAGGUAUGGAAGGAGUGCAAACUGCCCAGGCUUGCAGACGAUAGACUCCAUCCUUAAUAGUGUUCAACAUAGAACCACCUUGUAUCUGAAGAGCGCUUGUUCAGAAUAUCUAUAGUUUAAAUUAAUCUAGCUAUAGCUUAAUUAAAACUAAUUACAAAUGCUUCAUUUUUGAGAGUGUCAAAUCAUGUCACAUCACAGUGCAUAUCGCCAAUACAGCUCUACCACUAAAAACAAUUCCAUACCACAUACAUUUUAUUUUUUUUUGUUUCACCAGAGUGCACUACUUUGGUGGAUGAAAAAGAUCAAAUGUACUGCACUGAUCUUCUACUGAAUAGAGAUCUGUCAGUUGUGAGGAUUUAAAGCAUACACUGUAUGUGGGAUUCACCAGUUUGGAAAUGUAUCCUCUUACUGGAUGGACUGGAAUAUAACAUUGUAUUAGAAUUGCGUUUUAAUGGUAAUGUUUACAACUGAGUGCAUAUUGUUAAGUUCCAAAUACAAAUUACCAAAUAGUACAGAACAAACAAAGUGUUUUCAGUAGCAGAUCAGUCAUUUUGCAGGUUCAGUAAUUGGCCCUGCUGGAAUAUGUACUCUGACAUUAAGGUCAAAAGAUUAUGAUGUUAAAGGGGUCAAAAUUAAAUCAAAAUUUAAUUUAUGGGAAAUGUUUAGACUACUAUUGUGUUUCUUUUGGAGCCAGAUAAAAUGAAAAACGUAACCCUCAUAAACCAAAGUGAUUCCCCUUCUUUUUUUUAAUUUAUUUUUUAUUUUUUUAAGAUUUUUCAUUAUCUCAAUGAAAUUCCGUCAUGCAGUUGUAAAAUGUUAGCCCUAAUAGUGGUGUGGAUUUUGUAAAUUUUUUUUUUUUUUUUUUUUUUUUUGCUGCCUGUCUGACAGUACAUAAAGCUAGAAAAAUACUUCCAUCAGUCUCACUUGGAUUGCAUUGCCGACAUGUAAUUUUCUAAUUCUGGAGAUUAAAAGCAGCACACAUUUCUAAAUGCAAUACAAAUACAAGGAGAAUGAAUUCCCCAUAUAACAGCUACUGAAGUCUAGCUAAUAUUUAGAUUUGCUACUGUUUAGAUCAUAAAAUAGACCAGAUAAUUGGUCUGUUU